AUGCGACCUCGCCAGAUCCUGUUCCCAUUACGCCUAUCAACAGGUGAGCCUAGUGACUGCAAUGCCGUUCCAGCAGUCAAAAGCAGCAUCACCUCAGUGAGCUGUGAAGCACAGUAUGGCAGCACACCAAAUGGAACACUGCCAUACUCGAACGGGGCUGCCGGAAUAGGAGCCUACUAUGCUCAACUCUUUUCGAAGAUGAGUAUCAACACAAAUGACUUUGCUGCUUACUGCCACAAUGUCUGGUAUAGUAUUGACUUAUGUCGAUCUAAAGGCGAAACGACUGAUAUGACUAGGUCUGUGUGUUCUGAGCCUCCCCUUAUUGGCAUUGAGGAAAGCAUGUACUUCACCCCCAAACCAGCCUCAGCCGAUGCAGCUUUACCACCAUCAGGCAAGAAUCUCAAUGUGCUGCAUCUGUCCGACUACCACAUUGACCCAAGAUACGAUAUCGGAAGCGAAGCGAAUUGUACGAGUCAUCUAUGCUGCAGGCCAGACGCAGUCAACAACGUUCUCCAUACCAAUGCACAAUCUCCAAGUCUCCCAGCGUCAAGAUUUGGGGCUUUGCAAUGUGAUUCACCACCGGAUUUGGCCUUGUCAGCAUUUCAGAGCAUGCCUCAAUUUUUCGACAUCAGCAACAUUUCUUUCUCAAUCUACACCGGUGACAUCGUGUCUCACGAUAAAGACGACCAGCUCUCCCAAGCUUACAUCGAAUACGAGGAAACAAUAGCUUACGACACCUUCAAAGCUGCAUUAGACAACGCACCAAUCUACGCAACACUAGGCAACCACGACUCCUUCCCACAAGCUCUCAACACGCCCAACAGCCUUGCCCCAACAAACGCACUCUCGUGGAACUAUGAGCUCCUCGCCUCCCUCUGGCAAAACGCUUCCUGGCUAAACGCAAGCGAGGCACAAUACGCCGCAACUCACUACGGAGCCUUCGCCGUAACCACUCCACAAGGUCUCCGAGUCAUCUCCCUAAACACAGACUUCUGGUACAAAGCCAACAUCUUCAACCACUACAACACCACCAACCCUGACCAAAGUGGCAUUCUCAGCUUCCUCGCCGCCGAGCUCCUAGCCUGCGAAGCCCGCAACCAACGCGCCUGGAUCAUCGGCCACGUCCUCUCAGGCUACGACGGCUCAAACCCCCUUCCCAACCCCACGGCCCUCUUCUACAGCAUAGUCGCACGCUUUGCUCCCAAAACUAUCGCUCUCAUCGCCUUCGGCCACACCCACGAAGACCAGAAGCAGAUCUACUACGACUUCCUCCCGAACAGCACAUAUAUCAUCGACGGCCGAACAUACCGCAACACGACCAUGGUCGACUACAACAAACCAAUCGCAGUAGCGUACAUCGGCCCCUCCGUCGUACCUCUAACAAAUCUCAACGCAGGCUACACAAUGUACCAAGUCGACGACUUGACGUUCGAAAUCAUGGGCUCACAAGUCUACUUCGCGAAUAUCUCCAACUCACUUACUUGGACCACACCAGAAUGGAAUUUUGAAUACGACACUCGAACGGCGUACACACCUGUGAUAAGUGGUGGAUGGCCUGCGACUGCGCCGCUCAACGCGACGUUCUGGCAUAAGGUUACAGAGGCUAUGUUGGAGAACACUAGUGUCGCGCAGAUGUAUAGCACGUAUGAGACGAAGAGUAGUGUUGUCACGCCGGCGUGUGAUACGGGGGAGUGUGCGAGGAGGAAGGUGUGUUAUAUUAGGAGUGGGAGUGCGGCAUUGGGACGUGCUUGUCCGAGGGUGCCGAGUUCGUGA